AUGGCUAUAUGGAUACCAUUAGUAUCUGUUAGUGCUUUUUGGCUUAUUGUUGGUUUAUUGGGUCCAUUUUUAGUUCCAAAUGGCCCUAAUAAAGGUAUCAUUAGAACUAUGAUUAUUUUGACAGCCGUCUGUUGUUGGAUGUUUUGGAUUAUAGUAUUUCUCCAUCAAUUAAAUCCACUUAUUGGACCUCAAAUACCAGUAAGAACUAUAAAAUGGAUUAGCAAACAAUGGGGUAAUGCUAAAGUAUUAGUUUCAAAAUAA